AUGGAGAUACUUAUUAAUACUUAUAUCGCCGAAAUUAAUGAAUAUAAAAGUAAAAUAAAUGAUUUAAAUAAUAAAAAUAUUCAAUUAUCCAAUCUUUUAAUCGAUAUUCAAAAAAAUACCAAUUUAAAUCUCGACAAAGCUCAAGAAAAUGUCAGUUCAAAAGGCAAAAUUGCUAAUUAUCGUAAAGAAAUUGAAUUUCUUACACAAGUUAUAGAUUCUUUGAAACAUAAAAAUGGUGACCUAAAUAAUAAUAUCAAAGCUCUUACGAUUGCUAACGAAAAAUUGAUGAAUGAUUUUGUUGUUGUUACCGAUAAUUAUAAACUAGCUAUCGGUAACCAAAAUGCUUAUAAAAAAUAUAUCAAAGAUCUUACAACUGUUAAAGAAAAAUUGGAACUUGAAAAUCAACAAUAUAAGGAAAAUAUUGAUAAGAUUACAUCUGAUAAUGACAAAUUAAAAGAAUCAAUCUAUAAUCUGAAUGAAAAUGUCAAAGCUCUGGAAUUCGAUAAUUACAAUUUGGAAAAUAAUUUUAUCAUUAUUGAUAAGAUUACAUCUGAAAAUGACAAAUUAAAAGAGUCAGUCUUUAAUCUGAAUGAAAAUGUCAAAGCUCUGGAACUCGAUAAUUACAAUUUGAAAAAUAAUUUUAAUGUUGUUAACGAUAAUUUAAAAAUUACAUCUGAAAAUGACAAAUUAAAAGAGUCAGUCUUUAAUCUGAAUGAAAAUGUCAAAGUUCUGGAACUCGAUAAUUACAAUUUGAAAAAUAAUUAUAAUGUUGUUAACGAUAAUUUAAAAUUUGCAUUAGAUAACGACAAAUUAAAAGUAGUAGUAAUUGAUUUAAAAGAAAAUGUCAAAGAUCUUAUAACUGUUAAAGAUAUAUUACAAUGCGAAAAUCAAAAUUUAAAAGAAAAUAUUGUUAACGCUACUUUUGAAAAUGACAAAUUAAAAGUAAUAAUCGAUAAUUUAAAUGAUAAUAUCAAAAGUCUUACAAACGUUAACAAUGAAUUGGGACUCAAAAAUCUAACAUUAAAGGGAAAUUUUGAAAAUGGUAUUAAUGACCUAAAAUUAUAUAUUGCAGAUCUUACAACUGUUAACAACAAAUUGGGACUCGAAAAUUGCAAAGUAAAAGAUGACUUUACUGCUAUUAACGACUAUUUAAAUGUAGUCAUCGAUAAUCAAAAAGUAUAUAAGGCAUUUAUCAAAGAUCUUACAACUGUUAAAGAUACAUUACAAUUAUACUUCUCCGCUAAUUAA